GGAGCCAUUCCGCUUGGCCCCUCAUGCACCCUUGGAAAAGAGGAAGAAAGACUAAGCAGGUGUGCAUCAGGGAAGUGAAGAGGUGCCCCAGGAGACAGCCAGGGAAAGAACAGAGAACAACAAUCCACACUCAGAGACAGCAAUCAAAAUGACAACCUAAAAUGGCAAAGGCGGAUAAAAAGGGGAAAGGGAAAAAGAACCUCCCACAACGUAAAAAGCCCGAAACUGCUGCCAAGAAAGCACCAGCACAACCAGCAGCCAAGGGUAAGACCGACGAUCUUUGGAAACGGGGAAUAACGUGGGCCAACUCCCCUGUGGGUAAAGCUGCCGCCGCAUGCGCUGCCACAAUCCUCUUCCUCGGAACAGUUGCAUUGGUCACAGUGUAUGUUCUCAAUUAUAAAAAGCAUGCGCAAGUGUUAGCAGCACAGCAGAAGGUUCGGGAUUUUGCUAAUACCUACUACCCAAAGUGGAACAGUCUGAAUGAUUAUGGGAAAUUUGCCAUGGUUGUGAACUUAUCGGACUACUUUGUCAAUCUGACUAUGCUAAACGAAGAACUGCAAGUUGAAAUUGAUGAUAUUCGGCAGAAACUUAAUUCAGGAUGGAGGGUCUUUAGAUGGAACAUCUACUUGUUUUCCAAUGACAAAGCAUCAUGGGCAGCUGCUGUGAAUAGAUGUCAGGAGGUUAAUACCCAUCUGGUUUCCAUUACAACCCAGGAAGAACAGCAGCUGGCAUUCAGAAGCAUUGCUACCAAUCCACGCAAAGUCUGA